AUGGCACCCAGCAAACAAGAGCUCUCGCUCUUACUCAACCCUCUCGUUCCCGAGGCAGUGCAACACAACAAUAAAACCCUCACCAACCUGCACAGCGUGACGUCCUUCCUCCUGGGUCUCGUGGCGGGAAUCCUCGCCCUCCAGUCCGCAUACGGGUUCGCAUUCUACCUGUCCGGCACGGUGCUUGUCUCGGGCGUGUUCCAUUUACUGUUGAUAUCUCGGUCGGGCGGCGGGGCGGGCGUGUUCUUCCCCGGGGCGAACGGGGAGAUUGCGGAUAUCGACGAGCGCGGGUUCGUUCACAACUCGUCGAGAGCGGUGCAGAGGAAGGGCGCGUGGAGGGAUGUUUGGUUCGGUGGGGGGGUGAUGGGCGAGGCACUCAGUGGGUUUGUUCUUGGGUGGGCUGGUACGGCGGGUGUUCUUCAUUGA